AAAAUGAAAAUAUUUUACAUCUUCGCCAUCGUCUUCUUCGUUGCCCUUAGCACCAAAACUGCUCUUGGUGACUGUUUGUCAGGAAGAUUUGGAGGUCCGUGUGCCGUAUGGGACAACGAAACUUGCCGUAGAGUAUGUAAAGAAGAAGGCAGACCAAGUGGUCACUGCAGCCCUAGCUUGAAAUGUUGGUGCGAAGGUUGUUAGUAUUUGAAUAUUAUAUACCUACUGUUUGCAUAGACCAUUGAAACAAU